CUACAGUUCAAGUCUGCACCGGGAAACAUGAUAAGAAGGAUGUCUGGAGACUGAACAUGGGAGGCAAAACCUCAAUGCCAUCUAAAGGAUCCUAGAAUGGGAAAACCGGAGAUCUUUUGAUCAGUGGCAACUGCACGUGGAGUUUUGUGUCUUUCCUUUUUCCUUUUCUUGUCACAAUGUGUGGAGAAUGGAUGUGGGUCAGAUGCCAGUUUAUCUUCACUACGGAUACACGGACUGGCAAGUUAUCAGAAUGAAUCACUAAGGGCAAAAACAAAUAAUCUCGAUGUUAAAUCUGACUCUGGAGGAAUGACCAUGGUGAAGAGGAAAGGACUGUUAUUUUCACUGCUGUACUUUAUUGCAGAGUUUUGGCUCACUUCACAGCAGGUCCUGAGGAUUGGGGGCAUCUUUGAGACACUUGAAAAUGAGCCCAUAAGUGUUGAAGAACUGGCCUUUAAGUUUGCUGUAACCAACAUAAACAGGAACCGGACCUUAAUGCCAAACACCACGCUGACCUAUGACAUCCAGAGAAUAAACCUGUUUGACAGUUUUGAGGCCUCAAGAAGAGCCUGUGACCAGUUGGCACUGGGAGUUGGGGCUGUUUUUGGCCCCUCACACAGCUCGUCCGUCAGUGCUGUCCAGUCUAUCUGUAAUGCCCUGGAAGUCCCUCACAUCCAGACCCGCUGGAAACACCCCUCGGUGGACAACAAAGACAGCUUCUACAUUAAUCUCCAUCCAGAAUAUGCCUCUAUAAGCAGAGCCGUGUUGGACAUUGUGCAGUUCUAUAAGUGGAAAACGGUCACUGUGGUCUAUGAGGAUGCAACUGGAUUGAUUCGCUUGCAAGAGUUGAUCAAAGCUCCAUCCAGAUACAGCAUCAAAAUCAAGAUCCGACAGCUUCCGACAGGAAGCAAAGACGCCCGGCCCCUACUGAAAGAGAUGAAGAAAGGAAAAGAGUUUUAUGUCAUCUUCGACUGCUCGUACCAAACGUCAGCUGACGUUCUCAAGCAGAUCCUGUCCAUGGGAAUGAUGACCGAAUAUUAUCACUACUUCUUCACCACACUGGACUUGUUUGCCCUUGACCUGGAGCCGUACCGCUACAGUGGGGUCAACAUGACGGGUUUCAGGCUGCUCAACACAGACAAUCUUAAAGUGGCUUCAGUGCUGGAGAGGUGGGCCAUGGAGCGACUGCAGUCUCCCUCCAAAGUUGAGACGGGAAUGAUGGAGGGGAUGAUGACUACUGAAGCAGCUCUGAUGCAUGAUGCUGUUUAUAUGGUGGCUGCUGCCUCACAACGCACCUCCCCGAUCACUGUCAGCUCCCUGCAGUGCCACCGACACAAACCCUGGCGCUUCGGAUCACGCUUCAUGAACUCGCUGAAAGACGCACAAUGGAGCGGUUUGACGGGGCAAAUAAUUAUAAACAAGACGGACGGCCUUCGGAAGGAAUUUGAUUUAGAUGUCAUCAGCCUAAAGGAGGAUGGCUUGGAGAAGACAUUGACAGGCAACCGCCUAAACAAAGUGUGGAAAAAGAUUGGUGUCUGGAACUCUCAGACAGGCCUUAAUUUAACGGAAACCAACAAGGACUCGUCCACAAAUAUCACAGACUCGAUGUCCAAUAGGACCCUUGUUGUCACUACCAUUCUGGAAAAUCCUUACGUCAUGUAUAAGAAGUCCGAUAAGCCGCUAUACGGUAAUGAUCGCUUUGAAGGUUACUGUCUCGACCUGCUCAAAGAGCUCUCCAACAUUUUAGGCUUCUCCUACGAGGUAAAACUGGUUUCAGAUGGGAAAUACGGAGCCCAGAACGACAAGGGGGAGUGGAAUGGCAUGGUGCGAGAACUUAUUGAUCAUGUGGCUGACCUUGCUGUGGCGCCUCUCACUAUCACAUAUGUGAGGGAAAAGGUAAUCGACUUCUCCAAGCCCUUCAUGACGCUGGGAAUCAGCAUCCUGUACCACAAACCCAACGGCACCAAUCCAGGAGUGUUCUCCUUCCUCAACCCGCUCUCUCCCGACAUCUGGAUGUACGUGUUGCUGGCAUGCCUUGGUGUCAGCUGUGUGCUGUUUGUUAUUGCCAGGUUCACUCCGUAUGAGUGGUACAACCCUCACCCCUGCAACCCAGACUCAGACGUGGUGGAAAACAACUUCACUCUAAUCAACAGUGUUUGGUUUGGAGUUGGAGCACUUAUGCAGCAAGGGUCUGAACUGAUGCCUAAGGCCCUCUCAACGAGGAUAGUUGGUGGAAUAUGGUGGUUCUUCACACUGAUUAUAAUAUCCUCAUAUACUGCCAAUUUGGCUGCCUUCCUCACCGUGGAGAGAAUGGACUCGCCGAUAGACUCUGCAGAUGACUUGGCCAAGCAAACCAAAAUAGAGUAUGGGGCUGUAAGAGAUGGAUCCACCAUGACCUUCUUUAAGAAAUCCAAGAUCUCGACUUACGAGAAAAUGUGGGCAUUUAUGAGCAGCAGGAAAAACACGGCACUGGUGAAAAACAAUCGGGAGGGGAUUCAGAGGGUCCUCACCACAGAUUAUGCCCUUCUGAUGGAGUCGACCAGCAUUGAGUACAUCAGCCAGCGCAACUGCAACCUCACACAGAUUGGAGGCUUGAUAGAUUCAAAGGGCUAUGGUGUGGGAACUCCAAUAGGUUCACCUUACAGAGACAAGGUCACCAUUGCUAUCUUACAGCUUCAGGAAGAAGGGAAACUGCACAUGAUGAAGGAGAAAUGGUGGAGAGGGAACGGCUGCCCGGAGGAGGACAGCAAGGAGGCCAGUGCCCUGGGUGUGGAAAACAUCGGGGGGAUCUUUAUUGUGUUGGCAGCUGGACUAGUCCUGUCGGUUUUUGUCGCAAUCGGGGAGUUUAUUUACAAAUCCAGAAAAAACUUGGACAUCGAAGAGGUAAGCGUCGGCCAGUGCGAAUGGCACAACAAGUAUUAACACAAUACGGGGCUCGGAGACUUUUUCUGCACCCGCUACACGUUUGUGUUACUGUUUUCUUGCAAUCUCGACUACAGUAACCGGUGGGCCAAUACAAAUCUGAAUAUGAUAAACUGCAUUGUUACAAUCAAAACAUUUAACACAGAAUUAAUUUCUUUUUUUGUUUUGUUUGUAGUUUUUAAUGUAGAGCACAAAGCAUGUUAGUAUUGAUUGGAAGAAUUCAUACGAACCCCUUUUUCUGACAAGUGAUAGUUAUUGAUUUCUGACAUUGUGACACUUGACCACCUGGGCCUUGCUUUUUUUUUUUUCUUUCUUUGUAAUUAAACAUUGUCCUGUGUGAAAGAAUGUCAUUGUCAUGUCAUGAUAUUGUGGGCAAAUGAUGGUAAAUGGUAUUUCAGACACAAUUAUAUAUUAAUUUAAACAACUAUUCAAACUAUUAGGACAAUUUCAAACUAGAGACGUAAUCCAGUUGUUGUAUUCUGCACAAGACAUGAUGUGGUUUUUCUUGUAAUAUAACAUUUUGCAGCAGUAGUGAGUUCACACGAUGCAAGAUGAAAAGUGACUAAAUUAUACACCAGACUUCACCUCUCACUAGUUUGUCUGGAUUGUCUUGAGGUUUUACUUUGUUUUUUUUUCACUCCAUCUUUUUCCUCCUUGUUAGUUCUUGCUAGUUACUGGCCCCGAUUCCUCCAGAAUAUCCACUUAUCAUGCUCAAUAUCUGGUCAGGGUCUGCAACAUGUCAGCAUGGUCACAAAUUACAUCUGUGAAGCAGUCCCACGCAGUGAUUGGCCGCCGCUGAUCAGACGCCGUGUUGCCUCAAAUCUGGGCCGUUUGAUGGCGACCUCCAAAUUUGUCUGCGACAUGAAAAUCGGGCUUACAAUCUAAUCUGCCUCCACAAAGCAUCCGCAUGAGGUAGUAGAUCAACACACAUUAUGAACACCUGUAAAAAAUGUAGCUGUCCAAAUAGAUUAGAAAAUCCUGGAAAUUGUAUCAAAUUGUUUAUCCUAUAAAACAGCGAGCAAAUCUUUCUCGUUAUAGUUUGGGAUUUGUGCCACAGUCAGGGUAACGCCAGGACUGAAAUCAGUAUUGCCGUGACACAGGACUGUUAAUCAUCACCUCAGUGCACAGGAACCCGGCCAGCAUUCAUCUGUGGGCCCAAAUGAGCUCCAAGAGAAGUUUGCAAAAUGGGUCCAUGGUAUCAGCUCAUGAAGUUACCACCCCCUUCAGAAAAUUACAUUUUAGAUGCUGGUGCAUAUCCUGGUUUAGACUCAUGUACAGGAAAUCUGUCAAUAUUCACAAUAUUGUCUUUGGUAUCAUUUUAAAGGGGACCUUUGAAGCAUUCAUUCAAGCUAAGAUGUGAAUCUUUCUGACCAACAUAGAGGUCACUGCAGCUCUUUAAACUAUAAACAACACACAUUUUUACACAAUUUUCGCCUAAAUUAUAUACUAUCUUUUAUCCCUGUGUCAUCUAGGAACAACAGAGACACAAAAUACAAAAACUGGAAUACUCACGGGACCAUAAGGAUUCAGGAAAUGUAUAAUAUACCCCUACUAUAUCAUUGUUACAGGUCAUUGUGAGCCUUAAACUAGAAGAGCAUCAUUAGGCUCCUAUGAAACUAUAACAGCCACUAGGUUAAUGUCACAAACUGGUCUUUAUCAUGCAAAUACACAACAUAAAGGACAUAACAAUGAGAUAAGGAACCAGCUUAGUUUUAUAAACAUUAGAGACACAAAAUACAAAAAAUACAACAAAAAAAAUACAAAAACUGGAAUACUCACAGGACCAUAAGGAUUCAGGAAAUGUAUAAUACACCCAAUUUAGAAUCAUCAAUUAACCUUAAGGGGGUGGGUAACUUCAUGAGCUGAUAACUAUGAUCCAGCUGCCACUCAGGAAGGUUAUCAUACCAGAAUAUCAUC